GCGUGGUGAGGAUCAGGGUUCUCAAACAAUUUCCGUCCAUCCAUGGAAAAUAAUCACUCAGUUCAGACUCCAUUGCUUUCUCCUGCAGCUGUUGAAAGUGGUGAUACCAAGAAGACCUCCAUUUUUGUAUCGGCUACUAAAUGGACUCUCAAGUCCUUGAUUUGGGUGAUUUUCAUUGCAUGGGUAGCUGUAAUAUUUCUGCUGCCGGCAGAAUUUUUCAAUGACUUGCUGUUCCGAAGAUGGAUUCGUGCAACCGAAGGAACCCCUUUUGGAAUUACAGGAAGCAUUUUUCUAUUGUUAAGCGGUCCAAUUCUUAUUAUUUCGUUCCUCGCCAUUGCUCACCUAAUCGUUUCUGGGGAGGAGAAGCUUCACGAGAAGAAGAAUCCCAAGCGGCCAAGUUUCCGACUAUGGACAUUUCCCGUGCUAGUGGACGGACCAUUCGGGGUUGUUUCUGCUACGGAGUUCAUUGGGAUUGUCCUGUUUUCAGCAUAUGUUAUAUGGGCUGUUUAUGCUUACACCGUGAGGGCCCUUGAAUUUGUGUCCGACCAGUUUUACUUUAAAUCAAAGAGCAUAAUAAUGUUGGAAAUUCUGGGGCUUCGCCUUGGUUCGAUUGGAUUAUAUUGCCUAGCAUUUUUAUUUCUUCCAAUUUCAAGGGGUUCUGUUCUUCUCCGCCUUAUAGAUAUCCCUUUUGAGCAUGCUACAAGAUAUCAUGUAUGGCUGGGACACCUGACCAUGGUGCUUUUUACUCUUCAUGGACUUUUCUAUGUCAUAGCAUGGGCAAUGGAUGGCCGACUAAUGCAAGAAUUGAUUCAGUGGAAAGAUAUUGGUGUUGCUAAUCUUCCGGGAGUUAUCAGCCUUAUAGCUGGUUUGCUGAUGUGGGUGACCUCUUUUUCUCCAGUGAGGAAAUGGAAUUUUGAGUUGUUCUUCUACACUCAUCAAUUAUAUGUGGUCUUCGUUGUCUUUUUGGCUUUGCACGUUGGUGAUUUCAUUUUCACUAUGGCUGCCGGGGGAAUAUUUCUUUUUGUGCUUGAUCGCUUUCUGCGAUUCUGCCAAUCCCGAAGGACCGUUAAUGUAGUCUCAGCUAAGUGCCUUCCUUGUGGAACAGUGGAAUUGGUUGUGUCAAAGCCUCAAAAUCUGAGAUACAAUGCCCUGAGUUUCAUCUUCAUUCAAGUCCGAGAAUUAUCAUGGCUGCAGUGGCAUCCAUUCAGUGUCUCUUCUAGCCCCUUGGAUGGAAAGUAUCAUCUUGCUGUUCUGAUAAAGGUUCUGGGCAAAUGGACAGAAAAGUUGAGACAAAAAAUAAUUGAAGCUGAAGCACUGAAAGAACCGUCUGUGGUAAAAGUUUCCGUCGAAGGGCCAUAUGGACAUGAAGUGCCGUAUCACCUGAUGUAUGAAAAUCUUAUCUUAGUGGCUGGUGGUAUUGGACUUUCACCCUUCCUUGCAGUAUUGAGUGAUAUUCUCCAUCGCGUAAGGGAAGGAAAACCCUGUCUACCAAAAAGAAUUAUACUUGUUUGGGCAGUAAAAAAAUCCAAUGAACUUCCACUUCUUUCGAGCAUUGACAUGGAAGCAAUCUGUCCGUUCUUUGCUGAGAAAGUUAAUAUUGAUAUCCACAUUUAUGUCACUCGGGAAUCGGAACCUCCUCUGGAAGAGGGAUGUGUUUACAAGCCAAUGAGGUCUUCACUCUGUCCUCUGCCCAGUGUUCGUGGCAUGUCUGUUUUGGCUGGCACUGGAGACAACAUAUGGUCUGGACUAUAUGUUAUCUCAUCUACUGUGGGAUUUGUGAUCUUAUUGGGUUUGUUGAACGUCUUCUACAUAAAUCCAUUUGGUGUAAGAAAAUGGUGGUACAAAGGGCUACUUUUUGUGGCCUGCAUGGUUGCAAGUGUUGUUAUCUUUGGUGGUCUGGUGGUUGGUUUGUGGCAUAUUUGGGAAAAGCAAAGUUGUGCAAAGGAAAUAUCCAAUAAUACAAAUAUGAAGGCCGAGAAAAUUGAGCAAAACGGGACUGCAAUUCCCAAGGAUCCAAGUCAGGAAUAUGCUGCAAUUUCAACUGUCACUAGAUAUGGUUCGAGACCAGACUUUAAAGAAAUAUUUGAAUGGGUAUCAGAGAAAUGGGGCCAUGUUGAUGUGGGAGUUAUAGUGUGUGGUCCUCCAGCGCUUCAGUCUACUGUUGCCCAAGAAAUCAGGUAUCACAGCAUAACAAGACAACGCCAUCAUCCCAUCUUCCAUUUUAACAGCCAUAGCUUCGAUCUGUAGCUCCCUCCUUGCAAGUUGGGCGAUCCGUUUUCGUGUUGUAAAAAUACUAGACUUAGUUUGUAGUAUAAAUUAUGCUAUACUUAGGAGUAUCCUUUGGAGUGGAGGUAAUAUAUACUCAAGUCACUAGUGAUGAUGGGCUUAGGUUGUCUGUGUGAGGUACAAGAAUGUCUGGAGUUUUAUAUUGUAAAUAACUAUAUAUUGUAUGGGAAGCUCGUACUGCAAUCCUUUCAAGUAUAUAUAUUGUAUAUAAGUGGACUAGCUUCAAACUGCAAUUCUCAAUAAGAAGUUGAUCUUUCAUGUCAAAA